CAAUUCCAAUUUUGGUGGUCAUUUUAUCGAACAGAGAGAGAGUGUGCAGUCCAUUGAGACAAACCCUGGGAGAGAAUCAAUCAUGUUGAAGUUCUUAUCAAAAGUGAAGAUCGAAUUCAAUGCCCUAGACCCACGCACGGCGGCAUGUAUGGAGUUUUUGGCUCAGUGCAAUGCUCGAACAGCGAAGGAAUCAAACCCUUCGUGUCAACUAUUGGUGAAGCGCCGCACUGACAGCCACCCACCGCAGAUCUCCGUGACGUUCGUGAACGGAGUCGAGGAGGUUUUUGAUGCCACUUCCACACCUGCGCAGACUAUCAGGAAGAUGAUUCUGGAAAAAGGCACGCAGCUGGAGACUGAGCAAAUGUUUCGUGAAGCCGGCGAGAAGUGGCCUGUUAUUAUUCCAGAGGAAGAGCUCCGUCAAUCGUUCCCUGGUACUAAGCCAAGGAAAGCAGAAGACAAGAAGCAAUAGCUGAAAAACUUCCCAUCUUUAUAGGAUAAUGAAGUGGAUGAAUGAUGAUUACUUCAUGUUUGCAGGUUAAUUACAAUUCAAAAAGGUUUUGUAUUGGAAUCAACAUAAACAUCCUUUGUUUUAAACUUAUAACUUGUGGUUCCAAUCAAGCUUUACUUUACCAUUUCAUUUUUGGCCAUUUUGUAAUAAUAAGAAUCAUGACAAGAUCAAAUAGGAUCAUUAGAGGCACAUGCUGCCUUAA